UUCGUGAAAUGGGAGCAUUGUCUUAAUUUGAUGAGCUUAAGGAUAUCGAACAACAACCUCUUUGGUGCGAUUCCCGUAAUAUUUGGAAGGAUGGCUCAAUUACAGUUACUGGAUGUUUCUUCAAAUAAUUUAAGCGGAGAGAUUCCGAGGGAAAUGAGAAACCUAUCCAUGUUGUUAGUACUCGAUCUAAGUAGCAACGCCAUCAUGGGAAAUGUCCCCAUUGAGAUUGGGCUUUUAUCUCAUCUGACACAUCUAAACUUAGCAUCAAACAAUUUGAGUGGAUCGAUACCGAUGCAGUUAGGCUCAUGCGAAAGCUUGUUGAGCUUGAACUUGAGCAGGAACAAAUUUCGGAGAAGCAUUCCUCCUGAGAUAGGCAACAUACAAUUCCUUGAGAUUCUUGAUCUGAGCUAUAAUAUUUUGUCAGAACAUAUACCAGGACAGCUUGCAAUACCGAGAAACUUACAAAUUCUAAAUAUCUCCCACAAUAACCUAUCUGGUUACAUCCCACAUGCUUUUGAUGAUAUGUUCGCCUUGACUUCUAUUGAUGUAUCCUACAAUGACUUAGAAGGUCCUCUCCCUAAUGUUAAGGCUUUCAAUGAGGCUCCAUUUGAGGCAAUUAAGUAUAACAAAGGGCUUUGUGGAAAUGUUGUUGGUUUACCAAACUGCAAUUCUACUGGGAUCAAGAAACGUAAUCAACAUGCUAGAGCCAGAAUCACAAUUAUCCUCAUUAUCUCGUUGUUGGGGCUUCUCUUUCUCUCUUGCGCCUUGAUUGCUGUUGUUUUUGUAAUCAUCAAUCAUCGUCAAAGAAGGAUUAUGAAGAAAAAUAAUAAUGAACGGGUAAAUGAUUUGGAUUUCAUGAGUAUUUUGAGUUAUGAUGGCAAAGCUUUCUAUAAUAGAAUCAUUGAGGCCACGGAAGGAUUUGACUCCAAGUAUCAUGUGGGUGAAGGAGCAUAUGGAAUUGUUUAUAAAGCCGAGAUAUCAAAAGGUCAAACGUUUGCUAUCAAGCAAACCUUGUCAUCCCAAGAAGAUGUUGAGACCAUUGAUUUAGUAUCAUUUGAAAGGGAAAUUCAAGCCUUGACAAAUAUACGUCAUCGAAACAUCGUGAAAUUUUAUGGCUUCUACUCUCAUCCCCAACACUGUUUUUUGGUGUAUGAGUACAUGGAAAGAGGAAGCUUGAGAACAACUUUGAAAGAUGAUCAGAGAGCAAUACAAUUUCAAUGGGACAAGAGGAUAAGUGUGGUACGAGGAGUUGCAGAUGCAUUGUCUUAUAUGCAUCACGAAUGUUCUCCUCCGUUAAUUCACCGAGACUUGACUAGUAACAACAUUUUAUUGGAUCGUGAUUAUGAGGCUCAUGUUUCUGAUUUUGGCACUGCAAGACUUUUGAGGCCAGAUUCAUCAAACUGGACGACUAUUGCUGGUACCAUCGGGUAUAUUGCUCCAGAGCUAGCUUAUUCUACUAUUCCUACCGAAAAGUGCGAUGUGUAUAGCUUUGGAGUCAUCGCAUUAGAGACAAUCAUGGGAAAGCAUCCAGGAGACCAUAUCUCUCGAGAAUGUUCAUCGUCCGCCCAAGCUGAGUCAAUGAUGUUGAAGGAUGUGUUGGAUCAACGUCUCUCGCCUUCUAGACUUGGCCUUCGAGAUGCGCAAGACGUGGUCUUGAUUGCCAAGCUAGCGUUCAAGUGCUUGCAAGACGAUCCGAGGCUUCGACCUACCAUGCGACAGGUCUCACGUGAGCUUUGCUUUCAAGUACCCCUGGAUAUGCCACUCUCUGCAGUAAGCUUAGAGCAACUUCGUGAUCUUAACGUCAAAAAUUUGGAGCAUUUCAGGAGAUGGUAAGAUUUGAAGUUUUCAUGUGCUUAUUCUAUUUGGUUUUCAAUUAUAAUGAUGAUCGCCUUUUGAAUAUCUUCUUAGUUCUCACUAAGCCCAGCCAGGUGAUUAUUUAUUUUCACUGCAGAGCUAGCUUCUCUAUGAACAUCAUAGGAAUAGUGCGAUGCUUAUAGUUUGAAGUUGUGAUACCAGAAAUAAUUAUGGGAAGACUUCUGCGGAGAUCCCAUUUCACAAUUAUUUCCAUCCUUUUACCGAGUGAUCAGGAAGUGAAUUUGCAAAAUGCAGUGGAUUGACAUCUCUUGCCUUCUCUGAUAUGAGAUGUAAAGAACAUGUAGUUUCUGUUGCUGUAAAAGAUAAUAGUACUAGCAAUAUGUGAACUUUUAUU